UAAUAUUUGUAAUAUGAUGAUUUAAUGCAAUAUUUUUGAAGAUUUCAGAUGAAAUAACUCAAACAAAAUGAAAGAACAAUAUCGGGAGGCGGAUACUUCUCAUAAGAUUUCACAUGUUUGCUUUGGAAUGCAAAAUGCGGGAGAAAUCCAGAAAGCGGCACAAAUUCAGGUUGUAGCUAAGAAUCUGUACAACCAGGAUACAGGGAGAACUGCUGUACUGUUUGGAGCUCUAGACAACAGAAUGGGGACAAGUCAGAAAGAGUUUAAUUGCACAACAUGCGGUAAAGGACUACAGGACUGUGUUGGACAUUUUGGAUAUGUGGACUUAGAGCUUCCGGUUUACCACGUGGGUUACUUCAGAGCCACUAUUCAGGUUCUGCAAAGUAUCUGCAAAACAUGUUCCCGCAUUCUCUUGAAGCCGGCUGAUCAGCUGAUUUUUAGAGAACGGCUCAAGAACCCCAACAUGCCGUAUCUUACGAAGAAGGCAUUGAGAAAGAAGCUUCUAGAUAAGAUGAAGAAGGUGAACCAAUGUUUCUCCUGUGGAGAUUUAAACGGUGUUGUAAAGAAGUGUGGACUUCUCAAGAUCUCACAUGAAAAAUACAGAUCUGUCAAGAAGAGCUCUAACAUAAUUCACGAUAAGCUGGCUGAAUACGAUGAGCUCCGUGAAAAGAACUCUGAGAUUGAAUCAAUGCUGGGGAGUGCGCUCAUCCAUAUAUUCAAUCCUCUUGAAGUUCUAGCUCUUUUCAAGAAUAUUCAGGAUCAAGAUCUUCCUUUUCUCUUAAUGGACAAGACAAGCAGUACACCACAGGGGACAUCAGAUGGAACUAAUAUUAGUCGCGAUGACUGGGAUUAUCUGCAGUUACAAUGUGCUCUACACAUCAACUCCCAACUAUCCGGGAUUCCAGCGGAUAAAGCUCCCAAGAAAUUCACAAGAGGGUUUGUGCAGAGGUUGAAGGGAAAGCAAGGACGGUUUCGAGGAAAUCUGUCCGGAAAACGGGUUGACUUCUCCAGUAGGACGGUCAUCUCUCCUGAUCCUAACCUUAGGAUUGAACAGGUUGGAGUUCCUGAAUUGGUAGCAAAGAUUCUUACUUACCCAGAAAAGGUUACGAAAGUCAACCUAAAACUAAUGCAGCAGCUGGUCAUUAAUGGAGCAAAUACACAUCCUGGAGCCAACUAUGUAAAGGAGGGGCACACUGGAAACAAGAAGUUUCUAAUGUACGGAAACCGGAAGAAGAUUGCUGGAGACUUAAAGAUUGGUGAUACUGUGGAACGACAUAUGAUGGACGGGGACCCUGUUUUAUUUAACCGACAACCUAGUCUUCAUAGGAUUUCCAUUAUGUGUCAUCGUGCCAAGAUUCUACAGGGCAGAACCUUCAGGUUCAAUGAGUGUGUUUGCACACCGUACAAUGCAGAUUUUGAUGGAGAUGAAAUGAAUCUUCAUUUACCACAGACUGAAGAAGCUAGAGCAGAAGCCCUGAUUUUAAUGGGGAACAAAUCUAAUCUUGUCACUCCAAGGAAUGGAGAAUUAAUGAUUGCUGCUACUCAAGAUUUUAUCACUGGUGGAUAUCUUCUCACACAGAAGGAUGCUUUCUUUGACAGGGGGAAGGUUUGUCAGAUAAUUAGUCAGAUCUUGGCUGGAGAGGAUUCAAACCUGGAGAUUGAUCUCCCUCCCCCAGCUAUACUGAAGCCUGUAGCUUUAUGGACAGGGAAGCAGAUAUUUAGUCUAAUGCUGGCACCAAACAAAACUUGUGGGAUUCAAGCCAACCUAGUCACGAAGGGCAAGUCCUACACGAGCGGGGAGGAGUUCUGCAUCAACGACUCCUACGUUAUCAUCAGGAAUGCAUCACAGUCAAUCGCAGUUAUUUCUUCUUUUCGUCGUGUCCUAAGUCUCAAUCUUACCGUGAGAACCAAAGAGAACACUCCUUACAUCACAACAGCAAUCUGCUUGACAGAUUACAGUGAGGAUAUGGCAUGUGUUGCUAUGUGGCGGUUAUCCAGGGUGGCAAGCUGGUUCCUUAUGAAUAGAGGGUUUUCUAUUGGAAUCGGAGAUGUUACCCCUUCGCCAUCUCUUCUCAAACUGAAACAGGGACUGGUUUCAUCGGGAUAUGAUAAAUGUGAUGGGUAUAUUGCCCAACUGGAGUCGGGUACACUGCCCUGUUCUGCAGGAUGUUCUGAGGAAGAAACAUUAGAAGCAAACAUACUUCAUGAGCUUUCCACAAUUAGAGAUAAAGCCGGAAAAGCAUCUUUGACAGCUCUGCACAAGUCAAAUGCUCCCCUGGUGAUGGCUCUGUGCGGGUCCAAGGGGUCCUUUAUCAACAUCUCCCAGAUGAUUGCAUGUGUAGGACAGCAAGCCAUCUCAGGACACAGGGUCCCUGAUGGGUUCGAGGUACAACAUUGUUAA